UUAUUUUUAAUUAUUUUCAAUUAAUAAUAAAAAAAAGUUAGUAUUUUCAUGUCCGUUGUUGCUUUAUGGUGAUGUGUAAUAUAAUCUAACUUUAAAUAAUCGUGGAGGUUUGGGACGUGUGAGAGGGUUUGAUUUUCUGUCUUUAUUGCAGUUAUACACUGAUGUAAAUCUUCUCUCUCUGCAGUUUUACCCUAAAGAGCGGCCGUAUUGUGUGUGUAGACCCCGAAGUCAAGUGGGUGCAGAAACACAUGAAAACAAUUGACCAGCGCCUGAUUCUACAAGAUUGAUCCAACCUCAGCCAAGUUUAAAUCCUCUCUCCAUUAAUAAGAUUUUUUUUUUUUUUUUACAAAAUGCAUUUUUAUGUAUUUAGACAGGAGGAAUAAAAGCUUUUUAUUAUAAAUCAUAUUUAAACCAACUUUUGUUUGAACUAUUCUAGCCUUGUUUAUCUGAAUUAAUCUAUAGGCUGUGUGGAUGAAUGUAUUAUAUUUUUAUACGUAUUAAAGGACAUUUUAAAUUGCAUAUUAUGACUAUGUUUCUAUUUUUAAAAAUCACAUUUUCACCUUCAAAGAGAUCAAAAUGUCAUCUUUCAUAGCAACAUUGGAAAAUUUGAAAAAAAAAAAAAAAAGGUUUUCGCUAGUCAGUAUCUUUCAAUCUUUCUCAUUUUUUCUCCCAAGUAUGGGUUCCUGUUUUGCAAAAAAAAAAAAAAAAAGUAUGACAUGUUCUUUAAUUAACAAAUAUAUAAUCCUUGGCAAACUGCUGUGCUAUAAGGGGAAGAAGACACUUUGAGGAUCCACUUCAGGGUGGUAUCAGUUACUCUGCAUCAUUAUUGAUUAGUUUCCUCUAACAGCACAGAGUUUUAUUCCUCAGUUACUAAUCAGAGAAUAAGCUCUUUAGCAGAUAUUAAGUAGGCCGUAAACAAAGAUGGGGGAAACGCGGAGGGCUACGAGCUAAGCUAUGUAUCUAGGUAAAUAAAACAUGGUGCACUGUCUCUAUCACUGCCGGUUCCUGUUGCUCUGCUGAUCUUAAAUACCUGAUUAUUAAGUGCAGAUGUUUUUAUUUAUAUACAAAGGGUAGUAGAUUGCGUAACUUCCUGACGUUUUGACUUCCGGCGUCGUGACUCUGGAAUGCCAUAGUGAGGGAGGAAACCCUCGAUAUGAGAGAGUGAGUAUGUGAGCUGCUGAUGCGGUUAUUUCCGGAGCUGGGACUUGGCGUUUUGCCUGGAGCAACGAGCCGUGUGACACCAGCGGGUUUACUCCACUCCAUUAUAAGGUUGCUUUCCAUUCUUGGAUUAAGCCAGAGGAACCAGCCUGCAUAUGGGAGUGCCUUCCUCUGGGGUCGUCCGGGUUUCCUUCUCUUCACUGCAUGGUGGUGUGAGAUUUCCUGCACUGCGCUGUGUGUCUGUGGCCCAUCAUCAUCAUCAUCAGCAGCAGUCAUGUCCUCUCAUUCUCUCCUGGUGGUUCUGCUGGUUCUCACCUGCCUUCAGUCCUUCACAACGGCCGAGAAUCCAAAUGGACAAGGUCCCUGCUGUUUCAGUUACCAGACACAUAAAAUCCCUGUAAGACGCAUUACAGCGUAUCAAAAAACAUACCGUGGGUGUGAAAAUCCUGGAGUCAUCUUUAUCCUAAAGAGCGGCCGUGGGGUGUGUGCAGACCCCGAAGUCAAGUGGGUGCAGAACAUCAUGAAAAAAUUGCCCAGCGCCUGAUUCUACAAGACUGAUCCAACCUCAACCAAGUUUAAAUCCUCUCUACAUUAAUAAGAAUUUUUUUUUUUUACUAAAUGCAUUUUUAUGUAUUUAUACAGGAGGAAUAAAAGCUUUUUAUUAUAAAUCAUAUUUAAACCAACUUUUGUUUGAACUAGUCUAGCCUUGUUUAUCUGAAUUAAUCUAUAGGCUGUGUGGAUGAAUGUAUUAUAUUUUUAUACGUAUUAAAGGACAUUUUAAAUUGCA